UUUGGACGUGGAAGAUAGUCUGUGGUGGGAGUAGGUUAUUGGGUUGUAGGUUGGGAGUAAAGUGUAUGGUUUAUUUGAGAAUAAUCAGCUGUUGAGAGCGUGGUUUAAAGAUUUUAAUUACUGCAGCAUUAGGCAUUUCGUUUGAACACCAAACCUUGUGGUACAAGUUGUAGCAGAUCAUAAAAUGCCCGCAGCUCCAAGUUCAACAUCAGUGGGUGCUGGAAGCAGAUCCCCUACUAAAGCUGUUGCUCCAAGAGCAGCCAGUGGUGGUACUGUUAGACAGAGGAAAGCUACACCAUCAUCAUCAGCAGCAGCAGCCAGGAACCGAACUACCGGUGCAGGGAGUGGCGGCAUGUGGAGGUUCUACACUGAUGAUUCUCCUGGCAUCAAAGUUGGUCCAGUGCCGGUCUUGGUGAUGUCGUUGCUGUUCAUUGCUUCAGUCUUCAUGCUGCACAUCUGGGGGAAAUAUACCCGCUCUUAACCAUUCCUCCCCGUCAAUAAAUGUCUGGAAGAGUGUUGUGUUGAAGGCUGCUACAUAUUAUACAAAUCAUUCCAGCCAGGACUUCAUUCUUUUUUUCCAUUGAUUAUUAAAUGUUACAUAAUAAAAUCUCUUCACUUUAUGAUUCUUAUUUAUAUUGAAAUGUGCGUAUGUGAAUAAUUAAAUGUUCUUGACAGUUUUGAUUCCUUUAUAUUGGCCUCAUGAUCAGGCUUCUUAUGUACACAAAGAUUAAAGGGUAACACAUAAAUAUACA